AACAUUAAAAUUAUUAAUUAAAAUUCAAAUGAAAAGAGACGAUCAGAUUUAUAUCUCAUCUAUUUAAUUAUGGAAUGGAAUCGAUACUCCUAUUCAUUAGAGUACUAAUCUAUUUAGCUAAAAAUUUAAGGAGAGUUAAGAAUUCAAUUCUAAUACACUCCAAUGUAUAUGUUCACAUCAUCCUUAAAAAAAAGUAAACUUAUUAUUUCUAUUCUUAGGCUAAAUAUAUAUUACUAAAUAAUUCAGGUCCCAAUCAAAAAUUAUGUACUAAAUGUGCUGUUCAAUUUGCUUAAUAAGGACAUAAAAUUGAAAAUAUUCAAGAAGGUAAUUACCAUUUUUACUCUUAGAUAAUGUUAAAAAAAAAUAAACUGAUUCCUUUAUUGAAUAAUUAUUAUCAACAAAGAGUGAAAUUGAUAAUGUUCAUUCCAAUCUAUUAUCAACAGAAGCCAACCUUAAAAAAUUUUAUAAUGAUCAAUAUACUUAAGUUGUAAAGACUUUUGGAAAUAUUGAAAAACAAUUACAGAUGGUAAUUACUACAAUAUAUUCUUCAAAGUGCAAAUCCCAAUUACUUUGUGCCUUAUCAUAAUCUCUCUGGUCUGGAGUUCAGAUUACUAAUCAAUUAAAAGUAUAAUCCAAAUAAAUUGAACACCAAUUAGCUACAUAUAUUAGUGAUAUCAAAAAUCACUAUGAUAAAAUUGUACAAAUGGGUACUCUACCAUUCAAUUAAAUUAUGGGAGGUUACAGUAGUAAAUUAUUCAAAUUACAAUAAUUCCUUAAGGAUAUUCAAGAUAAUAAAGUUGCCUAUCUUUAUUAUGAAGGUAAAAUAAGUUCUCUUGAUUCCUUUUUAAAAGAAAUCAGCAAAUUAACUGAAAAAGAGUAUCAAAAUAAAAAAAGAAAUCAUGAAAGUACCAGAUCAAGUUCUGAAUAAAAAACCUCUAAAAGUGCUGAAAAAGAAAAAAGACAUCAAAGUCAACCUAAUAGCAAGGAAGUAAAAAGUUUUGAUAAUUCAGAAAAAAAGACUGCUCAAACCUUUAAAAUCACUGAAGAAUCUAUUGAAGAAUGGAUGGAAAAUUCUAAUUCUAAAUAAAGACGCACUGAACCUGCUGAAUAAUUAUAAAGUCCUAAUAUAUUAGCAACUAAAUUUUUUAAAAAAUAACUUCCUCCAAGUCGAGCUUCAAUGAAACAAGAAACUAAUUAAGCUAUGCUUGAUAAAUUAAUUUCAGAAUUUUCUUAAAUUAAACAAGAAAGAGCUUUGAAAAAGUAAUCUAAAACACCUGAAUUAGGUAAAUCAGUUAAGGAGGCUUUCCCUAACAAAUUAUCACCAAAAUUUCUUUACAAAAAUUAUUAUAAAUGA